GUUGAUAGAAGAUGUUCAUGCCUUGUUCGAAGAAGUUUGGUUAUUCAAUGAUUUUCUGACUGGCAUGGUCUCCUUUUUUUGAUGAUGAUAUCCUAAUUUGCAAAUGACCUUCCUGCCACCAACAUUAUUAUCUUCAAUCUUCCUUUCGCCGCAAUAAGAAUCACCAGGAUGAUGCCUCCUGUUCAUAGUCUCCAUGGUUUCGCGGUCUCAAAACAUGGAUGCCGCACGGUCGCUGAGCCUAAAUACUCUGCGGGUUGAACUUGUUGCGGCCAGUAUGGUAGUAUGAAGAUGCUGAGUUCGCUUGCGCGAGUGGGACGCUGGUCAUUACCUCACCCGCGAAGAGAGAAACGGGCUUUCUCUGCUGCGCUCCGGCCUUACGCUCCUCGUCCAUCACGGCGCGCGCAUUUUCUUUCGUAUGAGGCGUCGCAAACGUACAUGAAGAGGUUUGGUUUGAAGUCGAGCAGCGAUUGGAUCCGCUGGUGCAGAGACGGGCAUCGGCCUCCUUGCAUUCCCUCGCGACCACACGCAGUGUACGCGCAUGCGGGAUGGUCGGGGUUUUCCGAUCGGCUGGGCUGCGAGACAGAGCUACGGGAAAGUGCAGUCGGGAAGCUGAGGAGGGUGCUUUACACCCACAGACGCGUUGUAGACGCAGUGUUGGCGCAUCUCGAAACCUCCUCGGUCAAGUUCGAUUUCCUCGCACUGCCUCUACGCUGCUCCGCGACCUUGAUGUUCCGUGUGCAGGGCGCCGCGGAUACUCGGUGGUGCCCACUUGCGGUGCGUGGCGUUAGGGAAGCGUCGCUGAAUAGACGGAAGUUCCCCUGCCAUCCGGCGCGCGAGCGCACGGGACUUGGCCUCGUGUAUGCGAACAUGCGCGAUGGCGAGUUCUUUUUUUUUCCCCACGAACUGCUUGAGGAGGGUGCCCGUCGAAAAGAACUACGACAUCUGUCCCGGACCAGUCCAUUGUAUGUUGCACGGGAAGAAGCACGGAAGCACAGGGUUGGCGACGCAGAUGGCUUAGCACGGUGUCUGUUGGAGCAUCUGGCGGCGUCCGAGUUGUACGACGAGAAAGGUCUCUACACGAGAUUUUCAACUCGUGCUACCGAUGUCGUUUGCCACCUUCUCACCACGAAGUUGCGGGCGUUCCUGGUGAAUGACUGCGCUCUCAGCGUCAGCAGCAGGGAGCAUGCGUAUGUGAACGCACAAUUCACGCUUGAGAACUUUCUCUGCAUGGCACGGGUGUGUAUGAACCGCAGAAGAAAUCGGCUUGCGCGUCGCGUUGAUCUCUACUUUCGUCCGCGCCAUAGCAGGAUGCUUCCAGUGGCAUCUUCAUCUCCUUCUAGUACAACAACGGCUUUCAAAAAUGACGGCGAGAACGAAAGUGUAGGCCAGCAUGCGCCAGUUCCUUCCUUAGAGAAGCCAAAGCCUGACUUUGUAUGUGCGCUUGUUCGUGCCGAGAGCUCACCAGUUGACAGUGGACAGACACCGAAUAUUCGAGAGUUGGUUGGUGCGUAUAUGUUACCGUAUUCGUACUUGCAGGCUAUUGGCGGUGGGGCUCUGCCGUGGGAGAUUUAUGUGUAUCCGCCUGGAUCCGGUGCUAGGAAAGCUUGCGCGAGGCAUCGUCAAAGAGUAGAGUUUGAGAAUGGCAAUUUCUUCCUCGACCUUUCGUGUCCUGAAAGUCGCAAAGCGUCUAUUGUCAAGUUGAGAAAUAUUCUAGUAAACUUUUCGCCAUCGUCCACUUGUAGUAGUUUCAAGAACGUCACGAUCCAGGCAGAUCAAUACAGUAGUGAUGAGCGGGCGCGCUGACUAUUGUAGCCGCUUUGGUUGUAAUCACUACUUGCAAUUCUGACAUUUUUGAUGAUUCUGAUUGAUCCAUCUUCAACAGUAUCGAUGUAUAUUAGAGAUGAAACUCAGCGCCUGACGAAGCCUCGAUGUCCAGGAUCAAUGACCGCAGC